AUGGUGAACGUCAAGUUUUCGGCAUUGCAAGAAGAUGGAGUAAUAAGUCAUUCUAAUGAUAUUGAAUCAACAUCGAUACAGACAUCACCAACUGUUGCUGACUUAAAUGAAAAUAUUAUUACAUCUUCUGCUUCUGCUGCAACUGCUUCUCCAGAGGAUGAUAUAAAUGAAUUCGAAAUAACAUCAAAUCCAUUGGAAAAUGAUGAUUAUCAAAACCUAAAUCUAUAUAUGUCACAAUAUCAAAAUACAUCGACUUUGGGUAAAGUUGUGGGUUUUCUAAGAGAAUAUGCAAGGUUCAUUGGACCGGGACUUAUGGUAUCUGUGUCAUACAUGGACCCUGGUAAUUACAGUACGGCUGUUGCAGCAGGUUCUGCGCAUCGCUAUAAGUUGUUAUUCUCUGUUUUUGUAUCAAAUUUAAUGGCUGCGUUUUGGCAAUGUCUUUGUGCGAAAUUGGGUGCUGUCACAGGUUUGGAUUUGGCACAGAACUGUAAAAAACAUUUACCAUACAGAGUCAAUAUUACACUAUACAUUUUAGCAGAAGUGGCUAUCAUUGCCACUGAUUUGGCGGAAGUCGUUGGAACAGCCAUUGCACUAAAUAUUUUAUUUAAGGUCCCGCUAGCAUUGGGUGUCGUGUUGACUGUAAUUGAUGUUCUAAUCGUAUUAAUGGCCUACAAACCAAAUGGGGAUUUGCGUCUAAUAAGAUGGUUCGAGGCUUUUGUUUCACUGUUAGUGGUUCUGACUGUGAUAUGUUUUGGAUUUGAAUUACACUAUGCAGAACUGGGACCUGCUAAAGAGAUCUUCAAAGGUUUUUUACCAAGUGCAGCCGCAUUUCAAGGCGAUGGUUUAUACCUGAGUUUAGCUAUUCUCGGGGCUACCGUCAUGCCUCAUUCAUUGUACCUUGGCUCAGGAGUUGUUCAACCGAGGCUUCGAGACUACGAUAUAAACCAUGGACAUUACAAACCUGAUGAAGUUGAUACGGAAAACAACCAUGAGGAUUACAAGCCAUCAUUCGAGGCCAUUGAUGCAACCUUGCAUUACACAAUAGCUGAAUUACUUAUAUCACUUUUCACUGUUGCGCUUUUUGUUAAUUGUUCCAUAUUAAUUGUUUCGGGUGCCACUCUAUAUGGCACAACACAAGAUUCUCAAGAGGCUGAUCUAUUCUCAAUAUACGAUUUAUUAUGUGAAACAUUAAGUAAAACCGCCGGGACGAUCUUUGUGCUAGCGUUGCUGUUCUCAGGCCAAAGUGCCGGUAUAGUGUGUACACUGAGCGGACAGAUGGUCAGCGAAGGUUUCUUGAACUGGACAAUUCCACCUGCACUGAGAAGAUCCUUGACCAGAGCUGUUGCCAUCACUCCAUGUUUAAUUCUGGUCCUAGUAGCAGGAAGAGACGGCCUGUCUGGCGCAUUAAACGCUUCACAAGUCGUGCUGUCGUUACUAUUACCGUUUGUAUCCGCACCCUUAUUGCUACUGACUAGCAGAAAGGAUAUCAUGAGUGUCGAGAUAAGUGAUAAUGUAAAUAGAACAAGCCACGUCAACUCGACCAUAAAAUCUGGCUCAUUAUUCAGCUUCUCGCAAAGUCUCAAAAAGAACAAGAACAAGAACGCCCACUCGGACGAAGAAUACAUACAGCUGAGACACAUGGACUCGGAAGGCGAAGAGCAAGACGACAACCAAGUACUGGCCGUCCCACUUAACACUGACAACGUCGCAUACAAAGACAUGAGCAACAGUUGGUUCACCACAGUCGCGGCAGCCGCACUAUGGCUAGCAGUCUCAUUGCUAAACUUCUACAUGCUAAUCAGCUUCGCGACGGGCAAAGACGUCCAUUUCUAG